CCCGGCGGGGGCGGGGUUGCGGUUGCGCAGUCGUCGCCCAUGUCGGCUCCCUUCGAGGAGCGGAGCGGGGUGGUGCCCUGCGGGACGCCCUGGGGCCGCUGGUACCAGACCCUGGAGGAGGUGUUCAUCGAGGUGCAGGUACCGCCGGGCACCCGCGCUAAGGACGUGCGCUGCAGCCUGCAGAGCCGGCACAUCGCGCUAUCCGUGCGGGACCGGGAGGUGCUGCAGGGGAAACUCUUUGACUCUACGAUCACUGAUGAAGGAACCUGGACGUUAGAAGAUAGGAAGCUGAUACGAAUUGUUCUAAUGAAGACGAAUCGAGAUGCUGGAAAUUGUUGGACAUCACUGUUAGAAGAUGAAUAUGCCGCUGAUCCUUGGGUACAGGACCAGAUGCAACGGAAACUUACACUGGAGCGAUUCCAAAGAGAGAACCCUGGAUUUGAUUUCAGCGGGGCAGAAAUUUCUGGAAAUUACAGCAAAGGAGGACCGGACUUUUCUAGUCUUGAAAAGUAAACUGUUUUUAUCAUUGUUCCUUGAGAGGAAUUACAGAUUACACUUAAGGACUGGAAUCGUGUAACUGGUGAAGACUUCAGCAAUCGGCAAUCUUUUCAGCACAUUGUUGUCAAGUAAUUACUUCAGUGACUAGAAAGAAGGUAUCUUCCAGUAGAACGAAGACAAAGUAACCUACGAUAACUUUCUAAUACUAAGGGACAAACUAUAGAGAAAGCUGUACACAGAAAAAGUAGUAUCUUUAAGCAGUAUGUUGGGUUUGGAUGUUUUGGGGUUUUUUAGAAACACCAUAGCAAACUAGUCAGUUAUGAAUAUACCACUUGUCUUUAUGCAAGAAUAUCUUGUUCACCACUGAAGAAUAGAAGUUAAAAGAAAGAUGUUUAAUAUUUUCUCUUAACUUGCACCGGGAAGGAUAUUAGGAUAGCUACAGUUACACUUUCUGUCUGUAGCAACCCUCUGAGAACUCAUAACUGUCAUUCUAAAAAGUGAUUUAAAUAAAGCAACUACUGCAUCUUGCCUCAAAUAA